AUGGGUUCUCCGAUUGGCAACAUCAAUGGUGGAUCUGGCCAUAAGAGUUAUCAAACUGAUACUCUUAAUCCCUAUUUCAUGCAUCCUAAUGAAAAUCCUGCUUUAGUCCUUGUUACUCCUCUUCUUUCCAGCAAUAACUACCACUCUUGGUCAAGAUCCAUGACUAUGGCUCUUAGAUCCAAGAAUAAGCUUCAUUUCAUCAAUGGUUCACUACCUCGUCCGUCAGAUCUGGAUCAGAAUGCAGUGGCUUGGGACAGAUGCAACACCAUGAUCAUGUCUUGGAUCAAUCACUCGGUUGAAGCUGAAAUCGCUCAAAGCAUUUUGUGGAUGGAUAAUGCCACUGACAUGUGGAAUGAGUUGAAAGAUCGGUUUUACCAUGGCGACAUUUUUCGCAUUUCAGAUCUUCAAGAAGAAAUAUGCAUGCUGAAGCAAGGUGAUGCUUCUAUUUCUUCUUAUUAUACAAAAUUGAAGAUUCUAUGGCAGGAAUUAGAUAAUUUUAGACCAAUUCCUGAAUGUUCUUGCAUUUCUACUUGUCUUGCCAUUACCAAGAUUCGCUCGUAUAGAGAGAGUGAUCAUGUUAUCAGAUUUUUGAAAGGUUUAAAUGAUCAAUACUCGGCCAUAAGAUCCCAAAUUAUGCUAAUGGAUCCUUUGCCAAAUCUUUGCAAAGUAUAUUCUUUGCUUGUUCAACAAGAAAGACAAGCCAUUACACCUAUUGAGGAAGUCAAGGUGUUGGCUGUCUCUAAUCAAAAUUCCUAUCCACAGUCUCAGCCUAAAUCCAACCCUAGUAAUCGUGGUAGAGGUAGUACUAGAGGUGGUCGAUUUUCUGGUGGUAGAGGAAGAGGGAAUCGAGUCUGCACUCACUGUGGAAUGACCAACCACACCAUUGACACUUGUUUCAAGAAGCAUGGUUACCCUCCUAAUUGGAAGCAGGAGGCCAUGGUUAACCAAUGUACAGGCAGAUCUGAGGACCAAUCAGGUGAUUCAUCUGAGGUUAAUGCAUCUGAUUCUCAUGCCUUAGUGUUUACUCCAGAGCAACCUAAAGCUUUGCUAGCUCUGCUCCAAGGUUCAUCACAAGUGCAGUCUCAUAGCAUCAAUCAUCUCACCUCCCAUCCUGACCUCAAUUCAGGUAUCAUAUGUACCUUUCCCAAUUCUUUUCCUUCUGAAACCUUCAUCUUAGAUACUGGAGCCACUGAUCAUGUGUGCUUCACAAAAGAAUUUUUUCAAUGCCUUAAGCAAAUUAAACCCAUUACAGUCAAGCUGCCAAAUGGUAGUCUUAUUUCAGCACACUAUUCAGGCACUAUACAUUUCAAUGAGUCUUUUUACUUAACUGAUGUUUUGUAG